AUGGCAGAAAAUGUUCUUGUGACUGUAAACGCAGAAAUCGUAAAUCGUCCACGUCGUGGUCGACCGAGACGUAGAAAUUAUGCUGAAAUGAAUAUGUCGGAAAGUGAAAAUAGAGAAAAUAAUGGAGGAAAGAGGAGAAAAGGUAAAAAGCGAAUGGACGAUAGAACGAGAGCUCUCCACAAUACGAAAGAGAGAGACCGAAGACACGCACUAAAGAGAGACAUUGCAUUCCUAGCCGAACAAAUCCCAAACUUGCCAAAUAAAAAACCGAUGAAUUUGGUUUUGCAGAAGGCAAUAGAAUAUAUAAAAAAAUUAGAAGCAGAAAAUGACAAGUGCGAAAAAGAACUUAAAACGGCUAAAAAAUUAAACGAGGAUCUUUCAAAACGAUUUGCAAGAUUGCAACACGAAACAAGGAGGAAAUAG